AAGAGAUAAAAAGAUGAAGCAAGUCUUAUAGAAAAAGUGUAUAUAAGCGCAGGAAUGCAGGGUGUACCGAAUGUUUCAUUGCAUUGAUUUCUUGCAAGUUUUCCACACUCCACAACUAUAUACUAGAAACAACCCCAAAUCUGACCCAACUCCGAUCAUACAACCCUCAAGGAGAGUCUCCGAUUUGAAUAUGGACAUGGACCUCGAUCAAACUUCCCACCGCAACAAAGAUGGAAAACCCGUUUUGGUAAUCUUAGUUGGACCGCCUGGGAGCGGGAAAUCUACCUUCUGUGAAGAGGUUAUGCGUUCCUCAUCUCGCUCUUGGCUUCGCGUUUGUCAGGACACUAUUGGAAAUGGUAAAGCAGGAAAUAAAGCUCAAUGUUUAAGUAGUGCAGCCAGAGGAUUAAAGGAUGGGAAGAGUGUAUUCAUUGACAGGUGCAAUCUUAACAGAGAACAGCGAUCAGAUUUUGUAAAGCUUCAGGGUGAAACCCAAAUAGAUAUGCAUGCAGUUGUACUUGAUCUUCCUGCUAAGCUUUGUAUUUCUCGAUCUGUUAAACGAUCUGGGCAUGAAGGAAAUUUGCAGGGUGGAAAAGCUGCUGCAGUUGUAAAUAGAAUGCUUCAAAAUAAAGAGCUGCCCAAAUUAAGUGAAGGCUUUAACAGAAUAACAUUUUGUCAGAGUGAGAGUAAUGUCAAAGAUGCUAUUGAUACAUACCAAAAACUCGGGCCACUGGAUAACCUUUCACAUGGCUGCUUUGGUCAGAAAAAUCCAGAUUCCAAAAUCCAAUCUAGUAUAAUAAAAUUCCUGAAAAAGGUAGAGGUCCCAGUUGAUACUGCAUCUAAAGAAAAUAGCAUUAGAGACUCUAAUUCCAAGACUCCUGGGCAAAGUGAUCCCCCCUGCAAAGAUAUGGAAAAAAUUCCAUCAGCACAUGACAAUUCCAAGUCAGGGUCAAAGGAAAUUGAAGGCCAGGCUGAUAAAUCUUCCGGUUCCUGUCACAAUCAAGUCUCUUUGGAUGAUACUCCAACUCUGGCAUUUCCAUCUAUUUCAACAUCUGAUUUCCAAUUCAACCAUGACAAGGCAGCUGAUAUUAUUGUUGAGAAGGUCACAGAGUACGCAAAUAAGGUGGGGAAUGCAAGACUUGUUCUAGUUGAUUUGACACACAAGUCAAAGAUUUUGUCCUUAGUUAAAUCCAAAGCAGCAGAAAAGAACAUUGACACCCAAAAGUUCUUCACCCAUGUUGGAGACAUCACUCGCCUUUAUUCCACAGGAGGUUUGCGCUGUAAUGUCAUAGCUAAUGCUGCCAACUGGAGGCUAAAACCUGGUGGUGGUGGUGUUAAUGCAUCAAUUUUUGAUGCCGCAGGUCCUGAACUGGAGUCUGCAACCAAAGACAAAGUAAAGACUCUUUCACCUGGGAAUGCUGUUGCUGUCCCUUUACCUUCAUCUUCUCCUUUGUUCAUAAGAGAAGGUGUGACCCAUGUAAUACAUGUCCUUGGACCUAAUAUGAAUCCACAAAGACCAAAUUGUCUGAACAAUGAUUAUGAAAAAGGCUGCAAAGUUCUCCAAGAUGCUUAUGCAUCCCUAUUUGAAGGUUUUGCAUCAAUUGUUAAGAAUCAGGUACAGCAAAACGAAAACAUUGGAAAAAAGUCUCUGGAAUUGCAGGAUCAGUCUGAACAGCAUUCCAGAAAUCAUUCCCCAAACACUGAUCAAAAGAGUAAGAGAGAUGCUGAUCAUGGGUUGGUAAAAAGCAAGAAAUACAAGGGAAGUCAAGAUGCUUUUGACACAACCUUUACAGGUUCUAGGGAUGAAAAGGUAGAUUCAGAGCAUAAAAGAAGCGACGGGAGUACGAGGAAGGCAUGGGGAUCAUGGGCUCAAGCUCUUCACCAAAUAGCUAUGCACCCUGAAAAGCAUAAGGAUGGCUUGCUUGAAAUUUCAGAAGACAUUAUUGUUUUGAACGAUAUGUAUCCUAAGGCACAGAAGCAUGUUCUGAUCUUGGCACGGACUAGAGGUCUUGAUUGCCUGUCAGACGUACACAAUGAGCACCUUUUGGUGUUGAAAAGGUUGCAUGCAGUGGGUUUAAAAUGGGCUGAGAAAUUCUUAAGCGAGAAUGCUUCACUGGUAUUUCGCCUUGGAUAUCACUCGGUUCCGUCAAUGCGACAACUACAUUUACAUGUUAUUAGCCAGGACUUUGAAUCAAAACAUUUGAAGAAUAAGAAGCAUUGGAACUCGUUUAACACUGCAUUCUUUCGUGACUCGGUGGAUAUAAUUGAUGAGGUAUCUAAUCAUGGAAAAGCAACAUUGAAAGAUGACGACAAGCUACUGUCUAUGGAGUUGAGGUGCCACAGAUGUAAAAGUGCGCAUCCAAACAUACCCCGCUUAAAAUCACAUAUUAGUAGCUGCCAAUCACCCUUUCCUGCUUUCCUACUUGAAAACGGGCGAUUGGUUGGUGCAUGAACCUGGUAAGCCCCUUCUCCAUAAAAGGAAAAGAAAUAUAAAUAUAUAAGUAGAUUUUGACUUGGUCAAAAAGAGAAAUAUCUAAUGUUACCGUGCUAACUGUUUACAAAUUGCUGGUCAAUCGCCCAACUUUGCUUCGGGGACACACCGCAGUGCUUGGGGAGGUAUUCUUGGUAAAAUUAGCAAGGAGUUAACAAAAGAAUAGUUAUUAUGUAUGAAUAGAAACUUAAUUUGUCGAUUUUUUUUUCUCUUUCUAUUCUAAAUAUCUAGAGUUCAGCUGGGAGUUUAGUAAAGAUUGACUAAUUUUAUGUUUUAGAUAGGGAUUAAACUUUGGUACUGGCAGAACAAAUUGACUUUAACUUAAGUAUAUUAACCACUUGCAUCUAA